AUGUCUACCGCAAUCUUAGAGGAGGAGACCAUGGGGACUGACUUGCCAACCGUCAGCGUCGAUCUGGAGCAUUGUACUUCCCAUGACUUGUCCAUCGACUUCGAGACCUUCUUUGGCGUCGAACCUCGUCAUGUCUCCCCUUCGUUCAGGAUCUGUCUUUCGGAUCUUAGUUAUCAACCCAAGAUCGACCGUCCCAUAGCCGCCUGGGCUCCGACAACAGCCCCGUUCAUCGCCACGAUCGGUACCGGGUCAGGAACCGAGGCAGUCGCUGCCCUCGAGGUCUUCUUCCCUGCAUUGAGCAGUAUCACGAUGACGGACUUGUCCCCCAAGGUCGUGUCCUCGGCCAAAUCGAACCUGAUCCCUGCGGUUCAUGAUGCCGGAAAGGUCGUCCAGGCUGUGGCGAUGGAGGCCACGGCCCUGACUGGAGAUUGCUUGGAACCAUUGCAGGGCCAGCAACCCUGGGAUCUGAUCUACGUAAACCUGCCCAAUAUUCCGUUACCAGAGGGUGCGAUCCUCCUCGAGGAACAAAUGUCUUCCACAUACUUCUCCAGCGCCCAACUUCCUUACAGAGUCCCGCCGCUCGUCUCCUCCGCACUCCUCGACCUGCACUACACCUGUCUCAUUCAGGCUCGCAUCCUGAGUCUUCACACUCCGGACGGAGUCGUCCUUUCCAGCAUGGGCGGACGCGUUCCGAUCGCCACGAUGCUUGCCCUGGCCGACACAGCAGGCUAUUCGGGGCGGAUUCUCUCGAUGGCCUGGAAGGUUCAAAGUGAACCCAACUCGGUGAUUGAGGGCUACGCCACGCAGCAGCGAAGGGGAUUGGGCCCAUUCUACUUCUAUCGCACGACAGCUCUUCAACGCAUUUUUCACGGUCGGACUCCAGCCGGUGCUGCUCCGCGUGCUCUGCAGAUUGAGCAAGAGCUUUUGUCAGAGCGGAUUGAUGCUGAGGAGAUCGGUCAUCCGGCUGUGGUGAUGGCGAGUGUACGGAAGUGA